AUGCUAUCAGGUUCGCCCAGCAAAUUCGCGGUCGCCCUCUUUUCAGGCUUCCAAGCUCUCGAUGUCUUUGGCCCUCUAGACGCACUCAACAUACUCUCAUAUUCUCACCCAUUAGAAUUAUACAUUCUCUCUACGACGUUAGAUCCAGUGUCUACUAUCCCCGCAAAGGCUCCAACUCCCGGUGCAGUUGGGCAGAGCAUUGUUCCAACACAUACGUAUCAGGACGCUCCAAAUGACAUUGAAGUUCUUCUUGUGCCAGGAGGCCGGGGGACCCGCGACCUUGAGUUCACACAGCCAGUGGUGGAUUUCAUCGAAGCAACGUUUCCGAACCUCCGGUUCCUCCUUACUGUCUGUACGGGGAGUAGCCUUGCAGCACGGGCAGGUGUUCUCGAUGGCAAAAAUGCCACAUCUAACAAGCUGUCCUUUGAAUGGGUCAUGUCUCAGGGUCCUAAUGUGAAGUGGGUUCGCCAAGCGCGAUGGGUACAAGAUGGCAACAUUUGGACCUCUUCCGGGGUAUCAGCCGGUAUUGACAUGAUUUAUGCUUUUAUUGCUGAUCAAUAUGGAGAAGAUGCUGCCACUCAAGUUGCAACCGUGUCUGAGUAUACUCGAAACACUGACUCUACAAAUGACCCGUUCAGUAAGGCUGCCUAA